AGACAGCAAUCUGUAUUUCGAAACACUCUAAUGCUCCUGAAUUUCGAAAGAACUCCUUUUCGAUCGCUCAGGAACUCAAAACAGGUCUGGAAAAAAAUCGCCUGUAUUGACGUAACUCUCUCAACUGUCAAUUUUCCCUCGUCGUAUUCGCGGAAAACAUCUAAAAGCUGUGCAUGCAUCUUUCGUGUUUUCUGUGAAAAAAAGUUUGUAUCCCGUAUUUGUGGUGUGAAAUGGAUUUUGUGAACGAGUAUUUGGAAGAACACAUAGAGGAGGAGGUAGCAACCCGCAUAAAAAAUGUUUUACAUCAAGAAGAGAUUUCAUCCCAGGAACUUUUCAUGUCCUUGGAUGAUGCGGACUUCAAGCGAUUAAACUUGACAACAAAAUUGAUCAAAAUUAUCAAACAAAUCCAAAAGCACAUCGACGACAACACAAUUUAUGUAGAGGAAUAUAUCGAUGAUGAAAACGUAACAUCAGCAGAAUCAUCGAUCAUUCGGUCAAACGAUGACAUGAAAGAUUCGGAAAUUGCUGACAACCAAUCUGAGCAGCCAGAUGCUGACCGGGAUACAAAUCAAAAUGAAAUCGAUGUGGAUAUUAUUUUUUCAAAGACGAACAAAGGACGGCAGUUAAUGGAAUUAUUGAAAGAAGCCACGAAACCAACUGACAAGCUCUUUACGCAGACAACACAUAUCUUAUGCGAUUAUCUGAAGGCAGUUUAUGGUUUGAGACCUUCGGCAAAUCAUAAAGAUAUUCUGGCAAUAUCAUUAGUAAAAUGUUAUCCAAUUCUAGCCUCAAGAGUGAACCCUGAUUGCUUGCAGUCGGUUUUCUUUCACCGGAAUGCUCGAGCGAAUGGUGGUCACGCUGGGAAAAUUCAAAACCGGAUGGAAACUAUGGCAAAAGCUGACUCUUCUCGCUUAUUUGUCAGAAAACCCCGACAGCAAUCUGAAUCAUCUAUUGAAUCCGGUUUAGCUGCUGAAAAUUCUACAUCCGCUGAAGAAAUGCUUGCAAUGUUAAACGAGUUAAAAUUUAUCGUGCCAAAUUCAGACAACAAAAAACGAAUUCUAGAGUUGUGGAGCUUGACAUACGACCGAAGGAAUCUUUGUAGGAAAAAUCAGGAAAUGUUCAUGUUCCUUAAGGAGUAUCCAGCCUCGAUUUCUUUCGACGGUGAACUGAUUUCGUACGACUACAUUCGAAUGUACAAUAUUGAUGCGGCAUCCAUGUUUCAUUCAAGCUGGCCAAACUGGAUGAGCAAAUCUAUCAGCCGGUAUCCAUAUCUGUACAGGGAAAUUGGAAAUGCUUUUCUUCGUGCCCUGGCUGUUAUUCGACUAAAGAAUCCAAACAGAGGAUCCAAGCGAGCUCGACAGCUAGACGAGGCGAAAGAGAAUCCGCUAAAAGGGAUUAUCGAUUGGAUACAUGAUGAAUCUGAACUUCCAAAUUGUCAUGCAGUUCCGGCGCUCGUUAUCCGGUCCAAUUUGUUCGAUAAAGGAUAUUGCUAUCUAUGUUGGAAUACGUUACAUGUACCGGUGGGCGAGGACAUCGAAUGUGCAUUCAUUAAACUUCUUCAAUGUUUUGAAGUUUUCGGAAUCAAUUGCAAUCCUGCAGAUAAGUUAUUUUUUAACUUUUUCUACGCUACUAUUUUCAACACACAUAAAAUAACGACCACAGGUGAAAAAUUUGUUAUUUCUCUUUCUUAG